AAUAAUUAGACAUUAAUAACAAAUUAAGUAUUCAAGCAAGGGCAAUCACAAUCUAUAUAUAUUAUCCGUCCUUAACCGUUUCAUAUGUUUUAAAUUCAGAGAAAACACUCCUCUCAGAGGGGAGUGGUAGUGUUUCUGUGUGUGUGUGUGUGUGUGUGUGUGUGUGUGUGUGGGGUCGUCAGGGUCUGUAAAGCUCUUUAUCUUCCUCGGGAUUCUCCACAUGUAGAAGCUGCGUCUCUCUCCUCCUCUGUGUUGUUCCUCGGAGUUUCUGUCCAAGGUGCUGAAAUCUGCUGCUCCGCGGACAGGUCACGUGACUGCGCUUCCUCCCCCUGUGAGAGCAGGAUGCUGCGCGCGCGCCAGCGGGCGCUUUUGUGCGCGUGUGUAGGCUACACACGGGGACACCUCAGUCCUCCUCAUCAUGAGCAGUUCGGGCUCAUGAGGAAGGCUUUUCUAAGGCGACGUUGGGCUUUGCUGUAGUAUUGUUCGCAGCGUGGAGUUCGUGCGGCUGAAUGCGUAACUUUGACUCUUUACGUGCAUAAUUUUCUUCUUUUUUCUUUUCUUACGCCGUUGCAGACAUUAGUGUGGCAACUGUGGAUGGGCACACAGGAGUGGGCUGCUGCCCACCAAGUCUGACUGUGUUUCGGAGGUGCUGAGAAGAAGAACAUGUAAGAAUCCGCAGGCUUCCCCGCAGAUUCCUCCCGGAUUCACAGCCAAAAUGCAGAAAGGGAUGAGACUCAAUGAUGGCCACAUCACCUAUCUGGCUCUUUUGGCGAAGAAGGAUGGGACGAGGCGAGGUUGCCUGAGUAAGAAAAGCUCAGACAACACAAAAUGGCAUUCAAAGUGGUUCGCUUUAUUGCAGAAUAUGCUAUUUUAUUUCGAAAACGACUCCAGCUCACGCCCCUCCGGACUGUACCUGUUGGAGGGCUGCGUUUGUGACAGGGCACCGUCACCGAAACCGUCUCUGUCAGCGAAGGAAUGCUUAGAGAAGCAGUAUUACUUCACUGUCACGUUCAAUCAUGACAACCAGAAGGCUCUGGAGCUGCGCACAGAGGACGUCAAGGACUGUGAUGAGUGGGUGGCUGCCAUUACACAGGCCAGUUACAGGAACCUGGCUACAGAGCAUGAGACCCUCAUGCAGAAGUAUCUCCAUCUACUCCAAAUAGUGGAGACAGAGAAAACGGUUGCCAAGCAACUUCGACAACAGAUAGAGGAUGGGGAAAUCGAGAUAGAGCGGCUAAAAUCAGAGAUCGCUGGACUGCUCAAGGACAAUGAGAAGAUCCAGUCAAAUCCAGAAGUACCUCCCAGUGAUGACGACACCGAGAUCAAGAAGAUCAAAAAGGUCCAGAGUUUCCUGCGAGGUUGGAUUUGCCGCAGGAAGUGGAAAACCAUCAUCCAGGACUAUAUCCGUUCGCCGCACGCUGAAAGCAUGAGGAAAAGGAACCAGGUGGUGUUCAGCAUGCUGGAGGCCGAGGCCGAAUACGUUCAGCAACUCCACAUCCUGGUCAACAACUUCCUGCGACCACUCCGCAUGGCCGCCAGCUCCAAGAAGCCGCCCAUCACACACGAUGAUGUCAGCAGCAUCUUCCUUAACAGUGAGACCAUCAUGUUCCUCCAUCAGAUCUUCUACCAGGGUCUGAAGGCCAGGAUAGCCAGCUGGCCAACACUGGUGCUGGCUGACCUGUUUGACAUCUUGUUGCCUAUGCUGAACAUCUACCAGGAGUUUGUGAGGAACCACCAGUACAGCCUGCAGAUCCUGGCCCACUGCAAACAGAACAGAGACUUCGACAAGUUGCUGAAGCAGUACGAGGCUAAGCCCGACUGUGAGGAGAGGACGCUGGAGACCUUCCUUACUUACCCAAUGUUUCAGAUCCCCCGUUACAUCCUGACAUUGCAUGAGUUGCUGGCUCACACCCCCCAUGAGCAUGUGGAGAGAAACAGUCUGGACUACGCCAAGUCAAAACUGGAGGAACUUUCCAGAAUCAUGCAUGAUGAGGUGAGUGAGACGGAGAACAUCAGGAAGAACCUAGCUAUUGAGCGGAUGAUUGUGGAGGGCUGUGAAGUGCUGCUGGACACCAGUCAGACAUUUGUUAGGCAAGGUUCUCUGAUCCAGGUGCCGAUGAGCGAGAAAGGGAAGAUCACGAGAGGUCGACUGGGCUCUCUGUCUCUGAAGAAAGAAGGCGAGAGACAGUGUUUCCUCUUCUCCAAACAUCUCAUCAUCUGUACACGCGGCUCUGGGGGAAAACUUCACAUCACUAAGAAUGGAGUGGUCUCUCUCAUAGACUGCACACUGAUGGAGGAGCCAGAGGGGACGGAUGAUGAGUUAACUGCUGUGUUGGGGGUAGCAAAAACCAAAGGGGAGCGGAGUGGCCAAGACACAGAGCACCUGGACUUUAAAGUUAUGGUGGAGCCCAAAGACGUACAACCCUACACCGUCAUUCUGGUGGCUUCAUCCCGACAGGAGAAGUCAGCGUGGACCAGUGACAUCAGCCAGUGCAUUGACAACAUCCGCUGCAAUGGUCUUAUGAUGAACGCAUUUGAGGAAAACAGUAAAGUCACCGUGCCACAGAUGAUUAAGUCGGACACCAGCUUGUACUGUGACGAUGUCGACAUUCGCUUCAGCAAGAUGAUGAACUCUUGCAAAGUGCUGCAGAUCCGCUAUGCCAGUGUAGAGCGCUUGUUGGAGAGGCUGACCGACUUGCGCUUCCUCUCCAUCGACUUCCUUAACACCUUCCUCCACUCUUACCGCGUCUUCACCAGUGCUGACGUAGUGCUGGACAAGCUCAUCACCAUCUACAAAAAGCCCAUCAGUGCCAUCCCUGCACGUUCUUUGGAGCUUUUUUUUGCCAGCAGUCAGAACAACAAACUCCUCUACGGCGACCCACCUAUGUCGCCACGUGCCAGCCGCAAGUUCUCCUCCCCUCCUCCUCUCUCCAUCACCAAGACGUCCUCGCCCAAUCGCCGUCGCAAGCUUUCGCUCAACAUCCCCAUCAUCACGGGGGGCAAAGCCCUGGACCUGGCUGCACUCAGCUGUUCUCCCAAUGGCUAUGCAAGCAUGCACUCCACCAUGUCGCCCUUCAGUAAGACCACCCUCGACAUCAACAAGCUCUAUGUGUCCAGCACCAUGGCCAGCAAAAUCUCAGACGAUGGAGAGACCAAAGCUGAAGGCAAGACUGAGGAGUCUGUCCUCAACAAGCAAGAUCUGUCGGUGAGAGAGGAAUGUGACGAGGACCCAAGUCAGAGUGACGAAACAGAAGCAGAAAUGUCUCCUCCCAAGUCACCAUCAACACCCAAGAACGUCAAGUCAAAAAACUCUGAGUUUUCCCUGUUUUCCUUCAACAAUGGCAUGGUGGUGUCAUCUUGCCGGGAGCUGGACAAUAACCGCAGUGCCCUUUCUGCCGCCUCGGCCUUUGCCAUCGCCACUGCUGGUGCAAAUGAAGGCACUCCUACCAAGGAGAAGUAUCGUCGUAUGUCGCUUGCCAGCACAGGUUUUCCUACAGACCAGAGGAAUGGGGACAAAGAGUUUGUUAUCAGAAGAGCUGCCACAAACAGAGUCCUGAAUGUGCUGCGUCACUGGGUCUCCAAACACUCGCAGGACUUUGAGCUGAACACAGAGCUGAAGAUGCGGGUAAUUGGCUUCCUGGAGGAGGUGAUGCAUGACCCAGAGCUCCUGACACAGGAAAGAAAGGCAGCUGCCAACAUUAUCAGGACUCUCACUCAGGAGGACCCUGGAGACAACCAGGUCACUCUGGAGGAGAUCACACAGAUGGCCAUGGAGGACUGUAAGACUGAGCCUUUUGAGAGCCACUCUGCCCUCGAGAUAGCUGAGCAACUCACACUGCUGGACCACCUGGUCUUCAAGGUCAUCCCAUACGAGGAGUUCUUUGGUCAAGGCUGGAUGAAGAACGACAAGAACGAGAGAACUCCGUACAUUAUGAAAACAACCAAGCAUUUCAACGAUAUCAGCAACAGGAUUGCCACAGAGAUCCUGCAGUGGGACGAUGUCAACAUGCGAGUGGCGGUGAUCGAGAAAUGGGUGGCAGUGGCUGACAUCUGCCGCUGCCUCCACAACUACAACGCCAUGCUGGAGAUCACUUCCUCUCUCAACCGCAGUUCCAUCUUCCGCCUCAAGAAGACCUGGCUCAAAGUCUCCAAGCAGACAAAGACUGUGAUUGACAAGUUACAGAAGCUGGUGUCAUCGGAGGGACGAUUCAAAAACCUGAGAGAAGCUCUGAAGAACUGUGACCCUCCCUGUGUUCCCUACCUGGGCAUGUACCUGACUGACCUUGCCUUCAUCGAGGAGGGAACACCCAACUACACUGAGGACAACCUGGUCAACUUCUCCAAGAUGAGAAUGAUAUCUCACAUUAUCAGAGAGAUACGGCAGUUUCAGCAAACAGCUUACAAGAUUGAUUAUCAACCAAAGGUUGCAAAGUACUUGCUGGACAGCAGUUCAGCGCUGGAUGAGGAGAGCCUGUAUGAAGCGUCUCUGAGAAUCGAGCCCAAAACUUCAUCAUGAAGAGGAUCUCUCUCUCUCUCUCUCUCUCUCUCUCUCUCUCUCUCUCUCUCUCUCUCUCUCUCUCUCUCUCAUAACCCUCAUAUGGAGUGUACAGGAACAAUAUAUCAUAAUGUACAUAUACUAUUAUUUGUAUUAGACACAGUAGGCUGUGCCCUUCUAGUAUGUGUUCCCCAAUGGACUCUUUGUGUAUAAUCGUUAUUAGAGACUGAGUAGAAGCCCAGAGAGGUUUAAUUUAUAUAGUUACAGAGUAUUUAUAUGUUAUUUAUCGUCUUAAAUACCAUUUUAUGAUAAAGUUAUUUUCAACCACAGAAUAAACAGAUGAAAGAGUAUACAGACAUGAUAUUUAGUCAUAUCCUAAUGGGAAUGUGCAGAAUAAAAAGGCUCUCACUCAUGAGAGAUGGUGGUCACCUUUAACACAUGAUGAUCAACUCCCACUUUUCUGCUCAGAUGUCAAAAAGAGAGAGAACUGCACAUGCAGUUGCCUUUAAACUAGUCUCCAUACAAACACUCUGCGUGAUUAGUACAGCAGCCAUUAUUUCAACCUGUUUGUCCUCAAGUGUAGAUCUUUAAAGUUAAUACAGAUAUCUGCUAAUCCACUAGCUGCAUGAUCAUUCAUUUAAAGUUGUAAUCCUUAAGAGUCCUGCUUGAUUUGAAUACAGCGUGGGAAUGGCAGACUCCAGCACUAACACUGAAACCUACUAAUUACUGAAUGUAAAUGCAUUGAAUGGCUAUUGCAGAAAAAAAGCUGACCAUAACUAGUAUCAAAAAGUUUGUUUCAUUUCAUGAAGAUCUUGAGGAUUCAAACUUUAAGAUUAUGAAACAUUUUAAAACUUUUAGAAAUGACGGUCAUGAAAAGUGGGACUGCCGUGAUGGCUGAAGUUGAAUCAUGUUCUCAGAUGUUUUAUGUAGCCACUGAAUGACAAAGAUUAGAGAUUUGGAAUAAGUUGGAGUACAAGAUUACCUAUUUCUGAUUGAGCUGGGACAACAUGUUUUCAGUUUGGAGAGAUGGGUUUUUAUGCUUUGCUUAUUAUCACUUUACUCCCCUGGUGGGCAACAUGAUGUAUAUACAGUAUAAGCACCGGGCAGUGUAUGUAGCAGAUGUAACCAAUAUUGAGCCACUUAUGGAAGUUAAAUUCCCAGCUUCUACACUCAGACACUAAGAGCAUAGUUUUUAUGGUUAAUCCUCUUUGGCCAGUGCAUUAUGGUUUUGCCUUAAUCAUGAAAUGGAUUAUAUACACAAACGUAUGUAAACUAUUUUGUUCUACGAUUUGCCAAUGAAGCAGAAAUAUUUGCUGUGUACAUUAUCGUGUACAGGCAGUCUGAUGCAUUUCCUAACGUGCAAUGUGUUAAAAACAUAUCCCUCGAAAUGUGUUAUCCUUAUGAUCGUUCAACUCUGUAAUAACUUUUCUGUGUAUGAUACUUUAAAACAAAUGUUGAAAACAACUUAUAAGUGUAACACAUUCUGUAUCCUGUCUAUUCCAAUGUGUUAGCAGGAACUAUACAGUAGUAAUUUUGUGCUUAUUCUUGGAAUAUUUAUAGGUAUUUUUUACAGGCUUUGUAUAGACAAACACCUAAAGCUUAAGUGGCAGGCAUGUACCACUUUCACGUGUUCAAAUCAAAUCUAUAUCUAGAACAGUAUGUGUACUGUAUUUAAACCCCACCCUUGCACAUGAAUCUUUACCCUCUAACAGGCACAUCAGAUGUUUGCAGUGAGCAAUACCCAGUGGUAUGAGAAUUAUCUUUCAGUCUAUUUCAACAGCUUGAGUAGUAUUUCCAGUUUUGUAUAAAAGUGUAUUCUUUCCUGAUUACCUCUUGUUAAUAAAUCUAUUCUUUCUCAGGGGGAGAAUUGUCUCUUA